AUGCCAUCAACAUGCACUAUUAACAAAUGCAAACAUACAUCGUAUGCCAUAUGUCAUUGUUGCCAACAAAAUAUAUGUCGAAUUCAUUUGAAAGAACAUCAAGAUUUAUUUAUAUCUCAAUUAGAUCCUUUUGUUAAUCAGAUUAAUAUUCUAGAAAAUCGAGUUAAUACAAUGGAAAUUGAAAAUAUAAUUGAUAUUGUUCGUAAAAGAUUGGAGCAAUGGCGUAUAGAUUGUUACAAAAAGAUUGAUAAAUUCAUUGAAGAAAAAUGUUAUCAACUUACACAAUAUAUGAAUAUAAAAAUUGAUAAACAACGAGAAAAUAUUGAUGAAAUACGAUCAAAAUUAACUAAACUUAUCUAUAAACAAGAAGUAACAUUUCAAUAUAUUGAUUCUUUAAAGUAUAAAAUUAAUGCUCUAGCAAAAGAAAUCAAUAAAAUUGAACAAACAUCAUUUGAUAUUCAAAUUCAAUCAUUUAUUACUAAUGAUAAUUUAAUUCGAAUUAAAGAAUCAAAUCCAUAUCAAUUUGAUCUUUCAUCACUUUCUCCAAUAAUUAAAACAAUUAAUUGUACGAAAAGAAAUUGGGCUGCAUUAGCAACAAAUGAAAAAUUUUUAUUAAUACAUCAAGAAUCAUAUUUAUGUUUAGUAGAUCAAGAAUUUACAAUUAUUAAAAAAACUUUAUGGUCUUUUGGAGAAAUUUGGGAUAUGUUUUGGUCAUCAGUAUUAGAACGAUUUAUUCUUAUUAAUGAAAAGAAUGUUUUUCUUCUUGAUGAAAAUAAAAUGUCUAUCGAAAAUAUUCAAAUAGCAACUAAAUAUAAUUGGUGUUGUGGUACAUGUUCUAAUAAAUCUCUAUAUCUAGCAACAUAUAAACGUGGUUCAUCUAUUAUAGAAUUGAAAUUAUUACCAUCAAUAGAAUUUGUCAAACUAUGGAAAUCUCCUGAUACAUGUUCAAAAGAUGAAGGAAUUCAUGAUCUAAUUUAUAAUGAUGAAAAACUUUUAUUCAUUAUUGAAAAUCAAUUAGAAAGAAGAAUACGUGUUGAAUUAAGAUCUUCAAAAACAUUAAAUUGUUUAUGGUUUCUUCCACUUGAUAGUGCAGAUAAUCAAAAAGUUCAAAUUCGUUGUUGUAUAUUUAAUUAUGAUGAAUGGAUUGUUGUCUAUCAUGAUUUAAGUCGUCUUUUACAUCUUACAAAAGAUGGAAAAUUGAAAGGAUCAUGUUCAUAUACACCAUCUCCUCAUUUUGCUUCAACAUUUGGAUCAAAUCUAUUCGUCGUAGCAACUUCAAAUAGUAUAAAUUUACAUCAAAUUCAAUUAUAA